GUUGUGUUCUUCUUCACCAGAAAUAGAGGAGUAUUCCCUGGGUCUUUUGUCCUCCUCUAGUGAGUGCAGAUUCCUGCUUUUGUGUGUUCACCAAAAUACCAGAGAGAGAGAGAGAGAGAGAGAGAGAGAGAGAGAGAACCAGUUAGUGAGAAAAAGGAGAUAAAAGACAAACUUGGAUCUAGUUAUUUCUAAUGUCAAGUAUUAUGUCAGGUGAAGUAGACGAUCAUGGGAGCUUCUUCUCUUCAGAUAAUAAUAAUAAUUAUCCUGGGGAAGAAGAAGGAGAAGAAGAAGAAAAACUCCAAAAGCUUCCAGAAAAGCAGCUUGUACAAAAGCGUGUCGGCGGCUCGAGUUCACGGCCUAAAUCCACUAAUGGCAAUGGAUCAACCACUCAGCCGCAACCUGCAGCUAAAAAGAAAAGAAAUCUACCCGGAAAUCCAGAUCCGACUGCAGAAGUUAUUGUUCUAUCACCAACAACCCUAAUGGCAACUAACCGAUUCGUGUGUGAGAUUUGCAACAAAGGGUUCCAAAGGGACCAAAACCUGCAACUACACCGAAGAGGACACAAUCUACCGUGGAAACUGAGGCAAAGAACAACCACUGAGGUGAGAAAAAGGGUGUACAUAUGCCCAGAGCCGUCGUGCAUCCACCACAACCCCACUCGAGCUCUGGGAGAUCUAACCGGCAUCAAGAAACAUUUUAGUCGAAAACACGGUGAGAAGAAAUGGAAAUGCGACAAGUGCUCGAAGAAAUACGCGGUGCAAUCGGAUUGGAAAGCUCAUCAGAAAACUUGUGGCACUCGAGAGUAUAGAUGUGACUGUGGAACCAUCUUCUCCAGGAGAGACAGCUUUAUCACCCACAGAGCAUUCUGUGAUGCACUAGCUGAAGAAAACAACAAAGCAAACCAACGAGGAGGGCUAGCUCCCAACAUGGGCUCAAACAUACAAGCCCAAUUUCCUGACCAGCUCAUGUCGCCUGUGCCCAUAACCACCAACAGCCCAAUGGGCUUUUUGGACUUCAACACCAACUACGAUUCCAAAACCCCACUCAAAUCCCUCCCUCAGGAGCUCUUACCGGUGCCGUUUAAGCCCACGAACAUGGUCGGCGACAUGUUCUCGACCACUUCGGGCUCCCUGUUCGGCGGCCCAAGAGGCAUUAUCAACUCUUCAACUUCCUCUGGCCUUCAGCAGAUCAGUCCAAACAACUCACCAUCAGGCUUCAACUACGAUAGCAAGAACGGGAGCCCACUUUCUAGUGGGUCGGCCCACAUGUCCGCAACGGCCCUUUUGCAAAAAGCGGCCCAAAUGGGUGCAACGGCGAGCAAUAGCAAUAUCAACUCGCCCAGGAUCCAAAAGAACUUUAUUAAUAGUGGGUCAUCAUCUUAUGGUGCAAUGGAGCAUCAUAACAACAGCUCGUUUGAUCAACUCUUCCAAAAUCAUCAGUCAAAUUUGAUCGGAAUCAAUGGUGGAGGGUUCAUCAAUCCAUUGUUGCAAAAGGGCCCGCAAGAAAUGUCCCAUUUUUUCAGCACGGGAACCGAUGGGAAUGAGAUGGACUUGUUUGGGGGAAUGUUGGUGGGUGGUCAUCCACAAUCUCAAGGGUUAUUUAUGAAAAAUCCAGAGCAAGAGGAUAAUGAUAGCUCUAGUCUGAGUCAGGGGAGGGCUCCGGUCAGCCGGAAUGUGAUUGCGCGAUCGACAUUCGGAGGGAGUGGCAACGGCGAUAACGUGACCACGGUUGAUUUUAUGGGUGUUGGAGGGUCAAGUAGACCUCCGAAUUCGCAUCAACAACAACAACAAAAGUCAUUGGAAUUGGAGGCAUUAAUGGGUAGUCAACAGAGAAUGCAAAUAAUGAAUAGUCAAUUCGAUGAAGAGCUCUUUGAAGGGGAACUAGCCAUGGAAAAGCCCAUAUGGGAUGCUUAAUUGAUCAGAGUAGGGUGGUUCGGUUCAAUUGUACGACUUGUCGUUAGCAUUCUGAGAUGUGGGUUCAAGUCACAAAAGCAGUCUCUCCAAAACUGAUGUAGGCACUAUACGUGUUGUCCUUGAUCCCGUUUUAGGGGAAGGCUCGUGUAUUGAGUUGCCUUCUUUUUCUAGCCUUUUCCUUUUGGGGGGGGUUCUUGUAGAUCAGUAGCAUUGCUGCAAAUUAAAAAGUGAGAAUGUAAAGACUAGACACAACAUGUUGUACGCAUUAUACAGUGCAUCAAUGGGCAUCCGUAGGCUCGGCACCAAGUAGCUAUUCUCAGGCUUCGGCCUUGCUUUAUGUCAAUGAUGAAGCAGGCCUUUGUGCAAGAUCCAAUUAGAGUUUGGUUUCUAUAAUCCUUGGUUAGCAAUUGCCUGAUGUCUUAAUUGCACAAGGAUCUUGCGAAGGUAAAAAACAUUGUUUCUACUUUACUUCGGUUCUAUGUGUAAAGGAAGAAUGGUUUUUUGAUA